AUGGAGGUCACAAAGCGCUCUGGCAGCCGGGAGGGCGUCUCCUUUGACAAGAUCACGCAGCGCCUCUCUGCCCUCUGCAACAACGUGCAUCAGCCCUACGCAGAGAAGCCCGCCUAUGGCUACUUCAAGAGCUCGCAGCGCGUCAAGGACAGGUCCCCUCGCGUCACCGGUGCCCCUCUGCUGCACGCAGAUCCAGUCAAGGUGGUGCAGCGGGUCAGCAACUCGCUUUAUGAUCAAGUCACUACGGAGGAGAUUGACAUUCUCACUGCUGAAAUUGCAGAGAGCCUCAAGACCAUCCACCCUGACUAUGGAGUCCUCGCGGCACGCAUCAUCGUGUCAAAUUUACACAAGGGGACGCCAGCCACCCUCAGGGAGUCGGUGAAGCUGUUGGGCAAGAGGUGGGACAAGGCACUGUACGAUCGCAUCAUGAGUGAUGACAGCCUGUGCGACACCCUGGAGGCAGCCAUGGACCACUCAAAGUCGUACGCCAUUGACUACUUUGCCGCAAAGACUCUCACCAAGGGCUACCUGUUGUCCAAGGGAGGACGGCCAGCGGAGAGGCCCCAGCACAUGUGGAUGCGGGUAGCUCUCUUCAUCCACGGGCCAAAUGACCUGGAGCGCGUGCUGGAGACUUACACCCUUCUGUCAGAGGGCUACUUCACCCACGCGUCCCCCACGCUCUUCAACGCCAGGACCAGCAGGCCUCAGCUUGCCAGCUGCUUCCUCGUGGGCACAGAGGAUUCGAUCGAGGGGAUCUACCAAACGCUCAAAAAGUGCGCUCUUCUGUCCAAGUGGGGCGGUGGCAUAGGCGUGCACAUCCACUCCAUCCGCUCCGACGGGUCCCCCAUUGAAGGCACCGGGGGCGAUUCUACGGGGAUCGUUCCCAUGCUGCAAAACUUCAAUUCCCUGGCACGAUACGUCAACCAGGGGGGGAAGCGGAAGGGCUCCAUCACAAUCUACCUGGAGCCGUGGCACGCUGAUAUCUUCGACUUCCUCGAGCUGCGCAAGAACAGCGGCAAAGAGGAGAUGAGGUGCAGAGACCUCUUCACCGCCCUCUGGGUGCCGGAUCUGUUCAUCAAGCGGGUGGAGGAGGACGGCAUGUGGUCCCUGUUCGACCCCAACAAGGCCCCCGGCCUCCCCGACUGCUAUGGAGCACAGUUUGAAAAGUUGUACGCCUCUUAUGAGGCAACCCCGGGGCUCGCCAGCAGGGUGGUGCGGGCCAAGGCUGUCUGGAGCGCCAUGCUGACGGCGCAGGUGGAGGGAGGGACCCCGUACGUCCUCUUCAAGGACGCCGUCAACAGAAAGUCCAACCAGCGCCACCUGGGCACUAUUAAGAGCUCAAACCUCUGUGCGGAGGUCACUGAAUAUACGUCGAACGAGGAAAUUGCCGUGUGCUCGCUGGCUUCGCUGGCCCUGCCUCAGUUUGUGACGGUCACCAAGGAUGGCAAGGUCUUCUUUGACAUGGCCAAGCUGCGGGAGGUUACCAAGGUCGUCAUCAAAAAUCUGGAUCUAUCGAUCGACAAGACCUUCUACCCGAUCCCAGAGGCUGCCCACUCCAACAAGCUGCACCGCCCCUUGGGUCUGGGGGUGCAGGGCCUGGCUGACGUCUUCAUGAUGCUGAGGCUUCCCUUGUCGAGCCCUGAAGCAAGGGUUCUGAACAGGGCCAUCUUCCAGAGCAUCUACUACGCAGCAGUGGAGGCCUCGGUCGAUCUUGCAGAGGAGUUCGGCCCCUACUCUUCCUUCAAGGGCUCCCCGUCCUCUGAAGGCCUCCUUCAGUUUGACCUCUGGUGA